CCCGUCCCCGUUCCCCUUGUCCCUCCCUCCAUGUGAUUCCUAUUUCCUCCCGACCGGAUUGUUGUUUCUCCUCCAUUUCUUCCCACCUCCCCCCUUCCUCAACUCUCCCUCUCCCUCCUCUGAUGUGAGCGUGAUCGUGAGCAGCCAUUACUACUGCUCGCUCGAAUCCCUCCCCCACUCCUCCGCCAUUCAGCCGCGAGGAGGCGCUCGGCGCUGUAUAUAUCGCGCGCCCCGAUUUGGCACCUGGUGGUGAGGCUGAGGCGGCUGUGUGAAUAGGAGGACCAGGGGGCGCGCGUGGCGGCGGCGGUCCGGAGGUUGGCCGGCUGUAGCAUGCGGCGGUGAGGGGGGGCAGGCAGGAGAGAGAGAUAGAUAGAGAGAAGGAUGCAGCAGGCGGCGCAGCAUCAUCAGCAUCAUCAUCACCACCUCAAUCCCAAGCCUCCCGUGCCGCGAAGCUCGUCGUGGAUCCGGAGGUCCCCGCCGCCGUCGCCGCCGCACAAGAAGCUGUGGGGUGGCGGCGGCGGCGGUGGUGGGAGGAGUAGGUAUGUGUGCCGACUCGUGCCGCUGCUCGUGCUCACCGUGUACAGCAUCUUCACCGUGGUCCGCAUCCCCAGCUCCUCGCUCGUCGUCUCCACCGCCGAUUCAGAGCGCGUGGAGCGGCGGGAGGAUGUGGAGGCGUUCAAGACCCACCUGCCGUCUAACCAGAACAACCUCGAGGCCCGCGAGGAGACUCGCUCUCCGGCGUCCCUCCCCUGCUCGGCGCUCAUCAACGGUGAGGCGGGCGACGGGCAAGCGGCGGAGAGCGCGCUGUGCUGUGACCGAAGCCACUACCGGAGCGACGUGUGCUACCUCCGCGGCGACGUGCGCACGGACCCGUCGACAUCGUCGGUGCUCCUGUACAACGCGCCACGCGGCAGCGCACCGGAGAAGGUGCGGCCGUACACCCGCAAGUUCGAGGACAGCAUCAUGAGCACCAUCGACGAGGUGACCAUCGUGCCGGUGGUGGACGACAACAGCAGCAGCAACGGCACCACCGGCGACGCCGCCGCGAGCGGAGGCAAGGACAGCCUGCGGCGGCGUUGCGACGUGCGGCACCCGCCGGGCGUGCCGGCGGUGGUGUUCUCGACGGGCGGGUACACCGGGAACGUGUACCACGAGUUCAGCGACGGGCUGAUCCCGCUCUUCAUCACGGCGCAGCGGUUCGCCGGCGAGGUGGUGUUCGUCGUCCUCGAGUACCACUACUGGUGGCUGGGCCGCUACGGCGCCGUCCUGGAGCGCCUCACCAACUACAAGGUGGUCGACUUCCGCUACGACCGCCGCGUCCACUGCUUCUCCGAGAUGAUCGUCGGCCUCCGCAUCCACGGCGAGCUCGUCGUCGACCCCAAGCUCAUGCCCAACGGCAAGGGCAUCCAGGAUUUCCAGGCGCUGCUCCACCAGGGCUACAGCCGGACGCCGUCGGCGACGGCGGCGGCGCAGCCGCCGGUGCCCCUGGCGCUCGCGCCGCCGUCACGGCCGUGCCUCCGGCCGGACGACCACGCGAAGGUCGCCAAGCCGAAGCUGGUCAUCUUCAUCCGCAAGCAGAACCGCGUCCUGCUCAACCUGCCCCACAUCGUCACCGCCUGCCGCCGCGCCGGGUUCGCGCCGCACGUGAUGAACCUGCGCCGCCAGACCCCGCUCCCCGCCAUCCACGCCGCGCUCGCCUCCGCCGACGCCAUGGUCGCCGUGCACGGCGCGGCGGUGACCCACUUCCUCUUCAUGCGCCCCGGUACGGUGCUGCUCCAGAUCGUGCCCGUCGGGCUCGACUGGGCCGCCGACGCGUUCUACGGCAAGCCGGCGCAGCAGCUCGGCCUCGAGUACCUCGAGUACAAGGUGGCGCCCGAGGAGAGCUCGCUCGCCGCCGAGUACGGCGUCAACAGCACCGUCGUGCGCGACCCGUCCGUGAUCAGCAGCCGCGGGUGGUGGGAGAUGAAGAAGGUAUACAUGGACCGGCAGAACGUCACCGUGAACAUCAAGAGGUUCGGCGAGCUGCUCCGGUCGGCGAGGCUGCACCUCAAGAACGCCACCGCGUGCGGCAAGGCCACGACGGCGGCGGCGAGGUAGGCGUGGCUUGUUAAACCAACUUACCAAGCUCUCCGUCGAUUAGGUGUUAAUUAAUCGAUCAACCACAGCUGUUAAUUUGCCCAUGUUUUUUUCUUUAUUUCUUUUCUUUCUGAUUACUUUUCCAUUUCCAUUUUUCUGCUCGUUUUUGGUUGGGGCUUUGGGAGGAGAGUAUAAUUAAGAAGGGUAAAGAAAGGGAGAUCCUGUAAAUAGAAUUGGAUUUAUUGGUAGGGAUCGCCUCCGUGCACGGUGCAUUCGUUCGGUUCGUGUUGUUAGGAGGGAGAAGAAUAAUUUAUGGUAGGGGGUCCUCAUAAAGCAUCUUCUUGGUUAGCCUAUACUAGUUGCAAGAGCUUUUUCUUCAUUCUUCUGCUUUCUCUCUCUUUCUUUUUUUUUCUUCUUUUCAUUCUUUGGGUGCCCUGAUGAUGUAAGAGCAACAUUCUGUAACAAGUGCAAUAGAAUCCAGACUCCUUUACAGAUCAUAUAUGAACUGCCAAUUUGGCGUUUCUUCUGAUU